AGAAACAGGCAGCAAUGUCCGAUCCAAUGGAGAAAAUAUUCAGUAUUGAUAUUGUUAUCAAUAACAUAAUCAAACACACCUACCCCUUUGAAAAUUUUCCAGAUCUUCGACUAGUCAAUCGAUCUUUCAACAAAGAAUGCAUCAACGUACUUCGACAAUCCCAUGAGAAAAUACUUAUUGAAGCAAGAGUACCAGAAGUUCAUUUGAAACCAGAUGAUGAAGGAGUUACGAUCAAUGGGAAGUUUUGCAAAGAGAGCUCGUUUCAUAAAAGAAUAAGAUUUUUGAAAAACAAAUGUAGGGUGAAGAUAAAAUACUUUGAAGUGAAGGAACUCCAUAAACUAAAGCAUUGGGAUCUUCAGAACACUCACAGAAUUAUUAUGGACGACUUGAUUGGAAAUUGUCGUUAUACUAUCCGAGAGUUCAUUGGAAUGAGUUCAAUUUGUCCAGAAGGAUGUGAAGGUUGCACCGAAAUUGCAGAUAAAUGCAAUAGAUAUGGUCCACUACAAUUGCAUAUGGUGAUACGAAGUCGGCUCGAUCCACAUUUUAAGGAAUUAAUCAUUUGUGACAGAUUGUUCUCAUUGAUCGAACAACACAAAAGAAGACAAUACGCUUCAUAUCUCCAAAAUCUGAUUCCGCCAUUCACAUGUGACCAUCUAAUACUCAUACUCAAUAGUUCAUUUUCCCGCGAUGUUGCUAUGGAACUUCUGGCUGCACUAAACCCAAAAACAGUAGAACUGCGAGUCGGGCGUUUUGGCGCAAUUAGAUUACACGAGGCUCAACAUGCACCUGUCAAUAAUUGGAAUUUAUCACAUCUUCACAUUAAUAUGAGAAAUUCGGAAUGGUUAUCAAAGGAAGAUUGUGCGGUAACAAUCCAUAAUGCUAGCUGUUUAUUUCCCACUGAGAAAUUGAAGAUUUCAUUACCAAGCUGUCUUGUAAAUCUUGCUUCAAUGGAAAGAAAUGUUAUUGACUUAAUACCGCUUAUUUGGAGAAAUGUGCCAAAAUACAUCAAAAUCGAUCUCCAUCUAUUUCCAACGGUUCCAAAGACAACUCAAACAGUGAAGUUCUUCAAAAAUCUUCGGAUCGAAAAUGGGCAAACCGUUAAAUGGCUUCGUCUUGAAGAGAAAAGUCGAGAAGAGCGAAGAAGCGCAAAUUUUCUAAGACUACCAGAAGGCCCAUAUAUGGAUAUGUAUUUCACAAUUAAGGAUAAAUCAAUAAAUCGAAUGCUUGACAUUGCUGUUCUGGUGGAAGAAGAGUCUUUCGGGAAAUAUUACCAUAGCACAAUUAACCAAAAGGAAUAUUCUGCCUCGGCGAGAAAGUUCAUCACUCCCGAACAUGUUGCAAAUUGCACGAGAUGUUAUAGACAUCAUGGCGUGAAUAAGAGCAAAAGCAAAUGGGAAUUCGCUUGAUCAUCCUCUUGUGUAUUUUAUUUUUAACCUUUAAACAUACAAUUGGAAUUUAUUUGUUCUUUAAAGCAAAUAUUUUUUCAUAAUUUUCUUAUAGUUUCAGUAUGAUUUUUAAAGGUUUUUUAAACAUGAUGUAAAUUUUGCCGUGUUCUCCAUUGCACUUGAUUUCCAUUGUUUUUCCGAAAUUAGUUUUUCAAUGAAUUGUUAAUGAAAACAAU